AUGGGGGAUUUUAAUACUCCUCUUCAAGAAUCUGAAAAGUUUGGAGGGUCCCAAAUCCAGAUGGAUAGUAAACAGGACCUGCUUGACUUCAUUAAUGACCAGUGUCUCAUUGAUCUAGAUCUCUCAGGAGAUACAUAUACCUUGACUAAUAGAAGGGUGGGGGAUGAGCUUAUUCAGGUUAGAUUGGACCGUACCCUUAUUUCUACAGAUUGGCUAUAUCUUUAUUUUUGUUCCUUAAAAGCUAUGUCCAAAGUUGGAUCUGACCAUUUUCCUAUAAGUUUUACUGCUAAACCUAAAGGAGGUAGAAGAAGGUUCUCAUUUAGGUUUGAAAUGAUGUGGCUUUCUUAUCCUAGUCUGCAUAACUGUGUGAAGGACUGGUGGGAUGUUAAAAUUGAUGGUACAACACUAUUUAGUGUGGCCAAAAAGCUUAGAAUUGUGAAGGAGAAGAUUAUAAAAUGGAAUAAGGAGAUGUUUGGAGACAUUUUCAUGUUGAAAUCUGCCCCUCAGGUGGAUCUCAACAUUAUCAAAGAUAAAAUCCAAAAAGAAGGCUAUGUUGGUGAUAAUUUUGCUAGAGAGAGUGACAUUGUUUCAAAAUUUCAUAGUAUUAUUUCAAGAGAGGAAAUCUUCAGGAGACAAAGAUUGAGAUCUUUAUGGCUCAAUGCUGGAGACAGAAAUACUAGAUUCUUUCACAUCACCACUCUUAAACACAAAGUUGCUAAUAUAAUUGAUCGCAUUAUUAGUAAUGGUAUUAAGCGUGAAGACAAGAUUAGUGAAGAUGCUGUUGAAUUUUUUGAUAGGCUUCUCAAGGCUGAUUCUAUGCUGGAUCUGGAAGCCUAUAAUUCCUUGGCAAAGUCCACUCCGAGGGUGUUGUCUAUUGAUCAGAACCGGAUGCUAGCUGCUAUCCCCUCUAAUGAGGAAAUUAAGAAAGUUGUCUUCUCCUUUGAUGGUAACAAAGCUCCUAGCUUGGAUGGGCUCCCAAUGUUUUUCUUUCAGAACUUUUGGGAUAUUGUUGAGAGUGAUGUUUCCAGUGAUGUCAAAGAAUUCUUUGGAGCCAGAUCUUUGCUUAAGGAACUUAAUGCCACUUUUAUUGUCCUCAUUCCAAAAAAGAAGGGGGCUAACUCAUUGGAUGCUUUUUGGCCUAUCAACCUAUGCAAUUCCUUUAAUAAAUCAUCUCUAAGGUCUUGA